CGUAUUUUUCACCAGCAAUCUGCUUGCAGACAUCUCUGUCGCUCCGUGGGAAUGGAAAGGAUAGGCAUCAUCAAUCUAAAAAGAAAGACCACAUCGGAUUUCAGUCUCAGUGGAUUAUACAUACCGUUCUAACUGGGAAGGAAACUGUACAGCGCACUUACCAAUGGUUUGGUUCUGUGUUGAAAAAUAACAUUAUAACUAAAGCUCAUUUAAAAGUGGACAAAAGUGGACCCUUGCUCUUGAGGUAUAAUCCAACACACGCACGGAUUGUACUGAGUAAAUAUGAAAGAUUUAAUAAUUCCAUUGCCUGAAUCCAAAGAAUAACUGACCAACAUUUGAAACUUGUUUCAUUGUUGGUUGUGGAGGAGAAAUGAAACGGCUAUCUUUUGGCAUCUCUUUCCUUGGAGGUAUACCUAUUGGGGACCGAGGUGAAAGAACGUGGAGACAUUUGAUGAAGUAACUGAAAUAACUAACAAUGCACUGUACAUAUUCUGCACCCGGAUGGCUAGUAUUUGCACUUACAAUGUAGAGGCGCCUUUCCGAGAUGGAGCGAAAGAAUCAAGAGAGAGUCCAUAACCACGGAAGUUGGUUCUUUUUCACCAUGCCAUUAAGGUUCGUCUCUGAGAAAGAGCACGUUAAACUAAAUGGGGAAUACAAAUACGCAUGGCAUUGCGAUCUGCAGAACUGAAAAAACUGGUUUGCGCCAAGCAUUUCACCGCGUAAUGGUCAAAUAACAAUGGAACACUAAGAAGCCGUUUCAUAAACAGCACGGUUCAGGGCAUCGGAGAUGAUUGCGACCGGGGGUGUAAUCACAGGCCUGGCGGCUCUGAAGAGGCAGGACUCGGCGAGGUCCCAACACCACCUACCCAUGCAGACGCCCGGCGGCCAGCAGGAGAAGAAGCAGACCAAGCGCAAGCCCCGCUCUGACGUGGUGGUGGUCAGGGGCAAGAUCCGCUUCUACUCCCCCUCCGGCUUUUUCCUCAUCCUGGGUGUGCUGAUACUGAUGAUUGGCAUCGCCAUGGCCGUCUUCGGCUACUGGCCGCACAAGGAGCCCCUCCUAGUGGUCGAAGCCAAGUUGUCCGCCAACGACACCCAGGCGGGCCGUGACCUCAGCGGAAUGGUGACGCAGUUCUUCGAGCAGCACUCGAAGAAGAUGAAGAUGCUGGGGCCCUUCACCAUGGGCAUCGGGAUCUUCAUCUUCAUCUGCGCCAACGCCAUCCUCCACGAGAACAGGGACAGGGAGACCAAAGUCAUCCACAUGAGGGACAUGUACUCCACCGUCAUUGACAUCCAUAGUCUGAGGAUGAAGGAGCACCGCUACAUGAACGGGGCCUGCUCCGGCCUUUACGGGGAGCACGAGGUACGGACCUAUGAGAACCAGAGUGCCUGCAAGCUGGCAGCCAACACCCUGCUGACGUUCUCUGGGAUGAGGAACGAUCUGCGAACAUCCCGAAGGGCUAGCUCCACAGACGACGAGGAGGGCCUGCUGAACGAGGCCAAGGGAGGCUCCGGCCUCCUGCUCCCCAACUACAGGGAGAGGUCGGACUCCAUCUUCGGUCUGCACCCGGACGGUGGCAAGCACCGGGAAGACAGGGGCAACCCUUCCAAGAGGUGCCAGACCAGGUCCAUCGUCUCAUCCUCCAUCAGCGCCUUCACCCUGCCAGUGAUUAAGCUCAACAACUGCGUGAUCGAUGAGCCAGACAUCGACAGCAUCACCGAGGACUCAGAGCUCAGGAGGGACCGGUCCGGGCUUCCGUCCGUGGAGUCUCUGGCCGUCCCGUCGCCAGACAUAUCCAAAACGUCCAAAUCCCCAAACAUGAUGUUCCUUCGAAGCAAUUCCGACACAGACUCCCCUUCGAUGUCCUCGAGGGUAACUCUGUCUCCUGGCUCUGCCAGCGAGAGGUACCUCUCUCCUGGUGCCGCCCGAAAGGAUUUUGGCUCCAACAGCUCCCUUCACAUGCUCUCCGUCCACUCCAAGUCUCUGGAUCUGGAGCGAGGGUCGACAACGCUGACGGUCCAGCCAGAACAGAGGAAGCACCCGAGCUGGCCGAGGCUGGAUCGGAGCAACAGCAAGGGGUACAUGAGGCUGGAAAACAAGGAGGACCCCAUGGACAGGCUGCUGGUGCCCCAGAACUCUGGCAAGCGGGAUUACACCAAGAAAGAGAAACUGCUCAUGAUCUCCAGGUCUCAUAACAACCUGAGCUUUGAACAUGAUGAGUUCAUGAGCAACAGUUUGAAAAGAGGUACCUCAGAAACCAGGUUCUAAGCCACACACAAUUGCCGAUUCACUAUUUGUGUGGAAAAUAACAUUUCUGUUCGCACCGAAGAAAAUGUGACUAAUUAAAAUCUGUAGUAGGCUAUAACUGACAAUCUUCAUUGCCAAUCUGACAUCACAGUUAAUUUGAAACAUAGCAGUAACAGUUUAAGGUGUAUCUACGAUUAAAUGAGGUUAAAUAUGUAUGAGACACUUACAUCAUGUAAUCCUAUUUAAAUUGAGGCUGAAACCUAGAAUAUUAAUGUCUAAGUGAAGUUGAAAUGGAAAAUGUCAACAAAAAAACAUCAUAAAAACCUUGUGAAUUGAUUUGUUACUGUAUGUUUCAAUCAUUUGUGCAGUGUUGAGACAUGAAGUUUCGUUUCUCAAUAAUCAGUCUGUGUAUUGUACCAGAGUUGGCUAGCUAUUUUGUUAUGGAGCGUUCAAAUUUUAUUGUUCUUAACACACUAUUUUUGGAAAAUGCGGCGGGGCAGCAUUACUGUAUAAUGUACAUGUUUCACAUGGUGGAAUAAAGCAGUCUUUUCAAAUGGUUA